CACAGUGCUAAUAAGCGCAAACACUAUACGCUGAUAUCAUUUGUGGCUUCUGUGCCCCUCCAUCAUCAUUGCCCCACGUUCAAGGUUUUUGCCCAACGACAACCUCAAACACAGCUUGAAUACACCAAACAUCACCAAAAUCCCCUCCAUCACGAUCGCAGACAAUCCACCAGUCAUCAUGGAUCCCCUCGAUAACAUGGCCGGUGCCCCCGUGCCCAAGAACUUUGACGCCGAGAAUGCCCAAAACAACGAAGACAUCGAGAAGCAAUUCGCCGUCAAGGUCGUCCAGCACAUGCAAACCUACUGGUCCAUCCUCGAGCGCGUCAAGGGCUCCAGCCUCCGCCUCACAAAGAUCGACGACGAGAUCAUGGAGCACCUCAAGGAGGCCUUUCCUGACUUCGACCCCGCCGCCAAGGUCGACGAGGACGCCAUGAAGAGCAAGGACGGCAAGAACAGGUGGCGCGAGUUCAUGAUGAAGUACGAGAAGAAGGUCGACGACUACAACUUUGGUACCAUGGUUCGCGACAGCCCCAAGGUCGAGUACGAAGAGAACACCACCAUCUUUGUUCCCCGCAUGCAGUUUUACGCUUUCGAGAUUGCACGAAACCGUGCGGGUCUCAAUGACUGGAUUUACGAGCAAGCUCAGGCUAAGAAGGCCAAGUCCAAGUAAACGGAAACUCCGAUACAAAAAACAAAAAAUUGAACAAAAGCGAAUUUACCAUAUCGAGCUAUGCGUCCACAGCGUCGGGCCUCGAGCCCACACGAGUCCCGUUGCGCAAAACAAGGUUGCUUGGCAGCGGAUAUUGGAUGCAACAUCGAUGACUUUAUGAGAUGAAUGUGUUUUUUUCGGACAGAUGGAAUUUGGGAACUAUUCUCACAUGGGUUUUAUAUACUGGAUCAUUCCGUGAUACCCCUAGAAAUAAAUGGCAUCAACAUCUGGCUGCAUUA